UACGUCUAAUGUGAAGGUCAACACUCGCAGUUUGUGUGAACAAAACAAAAUAGUCGCAAAGAAAUGGGUCAAAUUCGACCUGGUGUUUACCGGUUUUACUCAAUUUACAGGCAUAAAAAGUUUAUGUAUAGGCCAUUUGUAAAUGGAUAUAAACAGCUUAUUUUGUGACAGCUGACUAACGGUUUAAUUUCGGUCCUUUUCUGUGAUACACUCGAAAAAGUGUGACAAUGCUGGCGAUCAGCUGUUUCAGUGUAAGAAGGGUUAAGCUCGGCCAUGUGCUGGAGCAAACUUACAGAAGUGUUUCAGUGUCCUCACGAAAUAAUGCUGUUAUAUCAGAGAAGAGACAGUCUCCCUCACGAUCUAACCACACAAGUAUUCAAAGUGCAAUAGACAAAGUGUCAGCACAGAAAUCUAGUCGGUGGACAGCCUACAGUGUUCUAAACUCCGGGACCGCUUCAACAGAGAGACAUAUACUGGGUCGGGCCAAGUACCUCCAGAAGGAGUUGCCAGUGAGGAUUGCCCACAGAAUAGCCGCCUUUCAGGGCCUCCCAUACAAUGUGGUCAGCAAUCCAACUAUUUACAGGGUGUUGGAGAUGUACAUUUCAGCCUUUGAGCGAACCUAUGAGUUUAGACAGAUCAAAACUAUCGAGGAUGAGCAGGCGUACUCCCUGAUGUUACGGGACCUGUUGGAUCACCAUGGUGUCGUCGUCUCCAUGCUGGCCGAAGGCUUCUCAGAGUGCAGGAAAUACAUUCUGGCAGAAGACAUUAUACGGCAAUUCCUGGACAGAACUCUGACAUCCCGUCUUGCAAUCCGUAUCCUGUGCGAGCAUCAUAUAGCUCUGAGAAAUGACAAGCCAAACCAUGUUGGCAUCUUCAAGUUGAAUUUUUCACCUGCAAAAUUAAUCCGUGAAAAGAGUGAACUUGUAAGGAAAAUAUGUGAAGACAAGUUUGGUAUGUCUCCAAAUGUGAUAGUUGACGGCCAUGUGGAUGCGGAGUUUGUAUAUGUUCCCCCGCCACUCGACUAUAUCCUUGUGGAACUGUUGAAAAACGCUCUCAGAGCAACAGUUGAAAACCACAUGGACAGCUCAGAUGCGGGAAUACCGCCGGUUAGGGUAACACUGGCGGUCAACAACCUUGACUUCAUUAUAAGGAUCUCGGACCACGGUGGUGGCGUGCCCCACAUGUUACAGAAACGCAUCUGGGACUAUAACUUCACAUCAGAGAAGACCCCUGACCCCCACAGUGGCAAUAGGGGCCUGUUUGGGGAGGUGAUGGACCCCCUGGGAGGGGGCGGGGCCACAAACUCCCGCAUGCAUGGGUACGGUUUCGGCCUGCCAAUGUCGCGAGCGUACGCGGAGUUCCUCGGAGGCAAGCUCACGAUGCAGACGAUGCAGGGACUGGGGACAGAUGUCUACCUGAGACUGCGCAGGAUUACAGAAACAGAUGAAAGCUUCCGUGUCUAGGAUUGCAGAGGAUACGGACAAAAGCUUCCGUAUCAUUGAAUUGAGAGGGUUUUUGAUACGGAUGAUGACCUCUGUAUUUUGGAACGCUUGAUGAAGUUACCUUGACGCCAUUUUUGUUGAAAAGUGUGUCUGUGUCUGAUAUGUUUUAUUCUGUAACAUUGAUUGCUAAAGUUCCAUGUUAUAAUGACAAAUACAGUCUUAUGCUAAGUUAUGUAUAUUGUCUGUCGUUAUGCAUUGAGUUUUUAAUUGUUUUCAUAUUGAUCUUAUUUUGAUAUAAAAGGUGCAUGUCUGUAUGUGUAGAGCUUAUUCAAGUAAGAAAAUUAAGUGCUUGAAGUUUGUGCUUUGAAGAUAAUGUUGCAUUCAGCUGUUGUUUAUUGUUUUACAUAAAUUAAUUUUUCAGCCAUGCUAGGUGAAUAGAUAGAUUGAUAUCUCAAUUUCUUUCUUUAAAGAAGGCUGCUUGGUUUAAGUUUGUAUAAAUUGUACACUUUUUUGUGCUUCGCCAUUUUUUCAUCGGGCAUUACUGUUAAGGUAUUAUCUAUGAAAAUCGGUGCCUUUCUGAUGCGGAAAGAUGAGUCAUUUUGACUAAAAUUCAAAAUUCAAAAUGAAAUGAACGAGCAUGCUUUCAAAAAAUGGACAGAAAAGAUAAUAAAAGAAUGAGGUUUGUUGUUUUUAGAAUACACAAACUCUUCCAUUCAAUAAUGGUUUGGGUGUCCAAUUAAUUUGUUAUCAAAGCAAAGAAAUUUUAUCAAUUGGAAAAAGUGUAUGUUUUAAUAUAAAGAAUGAGGCAAAAAGUCAGACCACCAAACUAGUCAGAAAAAAACCCUGAACGGUAUUACAGUGAGGCCUAUAUAUAGCUUAAUAUAUGAACAUGUCUUGAUGUACCGCAAUGUACAAUUUUCUUGUUGUUUGAGGUAUUAACAUUUCUUCAGGUGAAUAGAAGAAUCUCAUUUUAUUAGUGUUAUUUGAACAAAUUGUUUUUAUUUUGAAUUAAUUCACCAUUUCUUAUGAUACAACUAGUUUCAUAAAGGACUGUAAAUAUGAUACUGCCAUUCCAAACCAGAAAAUAUUAAACUGCAUAAAUGUCCCUUAAUAGGUGCGAUUAAUACAAGAUAUUUUAAAAUAAGUUUCAAGGGCUUUAUUUGUACAGAGUACAUAAAAGUCAAUAGAAUUUCAAAACAGAUAUUAACUUUAAUAAUGUAAUAUUAUGCAAGUUUACCUCAGUUUUACUCAGCACAGGGAAUUCAGGGGUAAAAAAGUUAAGACCAUUUUUGUUUUCCAUGUUUAUUUUUACAGAUAUUGCAAAUUCACAAAAAAAAUAAGGAAUGUACAUGAAUGUGACAUUUUUUAUCAAUAUUUUUGCGAGGGCUAGGAGCCCCACAACUGGCGAUGUCAGUGUAUAUACUUGGUAACUAGUUAAUGAUGUAAGGAACCCUUCUAUUUAAAGGGUAUAUUGUUUUUAUCAAUACUUAACUUCUGUCAUAACUGUAUUUUUCAUCUCACUUUUUGAAAUACAUCAUCUCCUGUGAGAUAGGGCUGCUGUAUUAUAAGCAGACAUUUGAAGUCUGGAGCAUUGUGUCAGGCUUAAUUUCAAAGUGUGCCUGAUAUGAUAUUCAUUGUUUAUCUUGAGUUGAUAUAAUGAUUUGUUUGAGGUACCGGUAAUGUCCUGUUUUUCAGUUUCAUUUGAAUGAAAUUGUAAGAUAAGAAUCUCUAUUUCUCUUUCAUGCUUACUGUAUAUAUAUAUAUAUUCAAAUGAAAUGUAUUUGUAGGAAUAUGUUCCAUUCACCUGAAUAUUUGUACUUGUGGAAUCACUGACCAAGUGCAUCGAAUACGUCUCGUUAUUGUUCCAGAAUAAUCUAUGACUAUUGUACUCAAAUUCUUCUUGUGGAGAAUUCCAUUUAAAUUUUAAUACUAAAAUUUAUACAUCAAUGUAUUGCUGUUCAAGGUAGCUAGUCAAAAAAUGUCUAUGUUUGUAACAUGAUUUCCCUAGAUGUGAAUUAUUAAUGUGUAGCUUUAGAUAGAAUCUAACCUUAUGAAGACGGCAUUAAAACCUCUUAAAACUUUUUCCAAAGGUGUUAGUAACCUUAAACCAUAGGUGAAAGUUUGACCAGAGAUGGGAUUUUUUUUUUAUGUUUUUCUGGUUGAACCUAUGCCUUAAAGAUUGUUUUGUAUCAUUUCCUGACCAUAUUGUCAUUCCAUUUGUUCAUUUAAGCCAUUAAGUAUCAAAGCCAGCCUUUAUUUUCUUGUUUUGAUAUUAUGUACUAAAUCUGUUUCAUAUAUUAUAAAGCAUUUGUUUAUUGAAUUUAGUAAAUUAAAUAUUGUGUGGUCAGUCACUAUCAAUUAUUACCUGUAUUUUAAGGUGAAAGUGCAUUUAUCUGUAUUUUUAUGAUACUUUCAAGUGUGUAUGUCUCAAAUAUAUGAUUGUGUAAAUCUU